AAUGUGUAAUUUCAAGCUAUUUUUAUUGUCAGUGUGUGUAAUAGCACUUAGUCAAAGUAUCACGAAAGUACUGCCACAAGAACUAGAGAAUACGUCCACAAGCGAUAGUAAACCUACAACUUCAAUUGUGAUAAAUAAUGAAACCUCUAGUUCCGUAGAUACGGAAAAAAGUCGUACUGCACGCGUUAUGAAAGUUCUGAAGGAUCCCAAAUCAACGAUCACCGUAAAACGUACAAGAUCACCAAUAAAAAUUACUGCACGAUCAGAUCGUUUCCCACCGCUAGGACAACAACCAUCAGGACCUCUGCGUUUACCAAUAGCAUAUACUAGACCAGCAGCUGCAGCAUCACGUCUUCAAAUAAAUCGAAGAGUGCAAAAUAAUGUACCUAUUAUCAGUCCACAACGUUUGCAGGUUCAACGUUUCGCCUAUGAGCCCACUAAAGGCGCACAUUUUUCACUUGCCAAAGGAAUGCCACUAGGUGCCACUAAAGGUAACAUCUACAGACCACCAUUUUCAAAUAGUGCCAAUCCAAACGCUCUGAUACAAUAUCCUACAUUGCAUAUGCAAAAUUUCAAAGCCUCGCCACAUUACAAUGGUCAAGCGAUUAUACGUCCAACUGCGGAGAGUGCACAACAACAAGCGCCGCUGCAACAGCGUCCCUAUCAAUCCAUACAACAAUAUCCUUUGCCACAACUACAACCACAACAAGGGCCAGCACAAUUUCCGCAACAACAGCGUGAACAAUUCCAAUUGCAACAAUUUUUCAAUCAACAACGGCAACAGCUUGCCUCGUUUUUACCGAAUCAUCAACCUAGCGUUCAAACACCUUUCCAACAGUAUCAACAACAACAGCAGCAAAAACAAUAUAAGGAACCUUCGCAACAAACACAAAAUCACUUGAAAUUCGAGGCGGAAAAAACUGAACUUGGAAACUACAAUAGCUUGGGAGCUCAACAUGGUUAUGCGGUCUAUGAAGAGACCGAAGCCAACGAUGCUUCACAAAGUAAUGCGCCUUUGUUUGCACAAAAUUAUCAGAAGCCUUCUACAGAAGCACCCAAAGAGGCACAGGAAUAUAUAAAUUUCAUGAAUACAGAUGAAUACUUCUUACCCAAACAGGAUCCUAAUUAUAAAAGAAUUGAUGAAGAGAAAGAUCGCCGCAGCUAUCAACACCAAUCAACACAUAAUCAUCAACAACAACAACAACAGCAACAACUUGAACAACAACACCAACAUCAAUCACAAAUUAUACAGCAGUAUACUAAACCCCGCGCAGAUUCACCGAAUACUUCGACCUACAGUAAACCUAUCCAAGUGUCGCAGUACUUCUAUCAAGCUGAACCAACGGAGAAUGCAGCGAUUGUACGCGGUAGCUAUCAAGCAGGCAGUAAUGUCUUCGUAGUCAAUUCAGAAGGUAACAAAGCUAUCAAGCAUAUAAUACCCAGCGUUCUGCCCACUAAAGCUACUUCACCUGCUCCUACCUACACAGAGGUGCGUUACAAUUCUCUGAAAAGUUUGACACCAGAACCAGUAAGAUUUGAAUUCACUGAGCGUGAUGCAGUGCCUGGUACAUAUACUAAUGCACCAAUAGGACAAUUGCGUUAUAAAGCUGCAAUAGCACAACAGUCAACACCACGUUUCCCGCAACAUGCAACCAGUACACAAAAGGCAGUCGCUGCAAAAUCUGCCACGAAAAUUAGUGGAAUUAAGCCAAUACAUGAAAUCGAUGCUGAUCCAGAAGAUGGCGAUGACAUGCAUCAGGCAAGUUCGAAUUAUGGACGUGUCUCAGUGCGUAAAAAUACGGAUGCAUCCAGUACACCAGCACCAGUGGAGCCAGAGCAAAAAGACACCGAACAGUAUUGUGAACGGAUGUGCGCUAUUGUCGAGGAUGGUGAUGAAGAAGUGGUUUGCGGUUCAGAUGGCUAUAUGUACACAAGUGAAGCACAACUUGAGUGUUAUUCAUCCUGCCUACAUAUCGAUGUGACGAUACAAAGCAAAGGUACCUGCAAUGCGAGUUAGACCCACUGGAUUGCGUAGAGGAACAAUAGAACAUGACUUAUACAGAG